AUGGACACCAGGAGACCACCCCCCUCACCCACCUACCUCCAACCCCCCUCACCCACCUUACUGCUCGCCCUGUGCUUGUCCUCCCUCAUCCUUCCCGGGAAAUCAGACGACUUCCAACUGCCGGGAUCUCCGGGUGACUCUCCCCUCCAAACCAACAGCCUGGCGGUGGCUCUCGGUGAUUGGUUGGAUUACACCCAGGACAGAGGUCUGAGUCUGGAGAAAGAAAGCCAGCCAGCUGCCCCGGGUGAGAUGAACAUUUCUUUCUUCUAUUACCGCCCC